CGGCACAAGAGGCGGGGAGUGUUAUUUUUGAAGUCUUAUCUUCUUCUUCUUCUUCCAAACCCUUCUUCAUUUCCAAUAAUCUCUAUAUUCACACCCGCUGAUUGCUCAACAAUGCCCAUGUCUUUGCCUGUCUUUUCGAGUUUUCUGCCGGCCGAGACUCGGUCCUUCUGCCACUCCGCGUCUUCCGCCCCUGUCAGCAUUGUUUCCGCUAACCUGCGUGUUUUGCCAUCGGUGACGGUUUCUGCCUCCUCCAAGCCCGUUAUGGAGACGAAGAAGCGCGAGCCCAGGGGGAUAAUGAAGCCGCGCCGAGUCUCUCCCGAAAUGCAGGCGUUUCUCGGCGGUGUGCCUGAGAUUCCCCGCACUCAAGCACUCAAGGAGAUUUGGGCUCACAUUAAGCAGCACAAUCUUCAGGAUCCUGAAGACAAGAAGGUCAUUAUCUGUGAUGAGAAGCUGAAGAAGAUUUUCGGAGGAAGGGAUCGUGUUGGGUUCCUUGAGAUUGCUGGCUUGAUUAAUCCACACUUUCUUAAGUGAGAAAGUGAAUGAGUACAAGGAUUAUGGCUUUGCAUCUUGAAAGGAAAUCAAUCUUUUUUGUAAAUGAAGUUUCUGUUGAUGAAUGAUGUCAGUCUUUAGGAAUCACUAGCUAUUGUUUUCCAUUAUAGAUAAAUUUCAAAGCUCGUGGGCGAGAGGAUCAGUCAUCAUGACUGAUUUUGCCUUCGGAUGCACUUGUAGGCUUUAAAGUGCAAUGCUUUGUAGUGACUGCAAAUAUAUGCAUUCUUGAUGGAUCUCAAGACUGGCACAAAAAUUCUUGUCAAGUAUGGUGUACGUAUGAUUUGAUUGGCAUUCCUUUUUUCUGAUUAAGUGCAGGUAUCGGCUGGUAAAAA